AUGGCUAAAGUAAACGUCGAUACAUUUCCAUCCAUUCUAAGCAAAGUAAUGCUGAAAAGCAGCAUUCCACCUGGUCCCCCGAACGAUGACAUUUGGAUUUACACCCAAAUCCUGUGUUUCCUGUAUAUGGAAAAGCCUGCCACUCGAAAGUGCGUCUACCAUAUGUUCCUGUCCACCGAAAAGUACAAGCAAAAUGAUUUCGAUCGUGUACGCAAAAUGUACGAGAAUAGAAAGGACUUGCAGAUAGUUGACCAGUUAACGGAAAACGCACUCUGUGCGAGGACUCUUUAUCGUAGGGUUCAGAAAAUGUUUCCAAAGGCUAUUUGGAACAAGCAAGGCAAUGUUUUCGAGGUGGAUAUGUCCGCAAAAAACGAUCCCUGGGCAAUAUCUAGAAGACUUAAUAAGAAGCGCGACGAAGAGCAUGAACUACUAUUCAACUACAUAAAGUAUUUGAGCGUUACAAAGGAUUGAUUAAAUCUUAACUUAUUAU